CUUGACCUAUAUAUCCCCUCAGAUAUGUUAUAACAGAACUGCUUCAGAGUGACCUCCACAAGAUCAUAGUCUCUCCCCAACACCUGUCUUCGGAUCACAUAAAGGUCUUCCUCUACCAGAUCUUAAGAGGGCUGAAAUACCUUCACUCGGCACGAAUCCUACACAGGGAUAUAAAGCCAGGAAACCUCUUAGUUAACAGCAAUUGUGUUUUGAAGAUCUGUGACUUCGGACUGGCAAGGGUUGAGGAACCAGACAAGGGAAAGCACAUGACCCAAGAAGUGGUGACACAGUACUAUCGUGCUCCAGAGAUCCUGAUGGGUGCCAGGCACUACACGGCUGCUGUGGACGUGUGGAGUGUCGGCUGUAUAUUUGGUGAACUCUUGGGCAGGCGAAUCCUAUUCCAGGCACAAUCUCCAGUUCUCCAGUUGGAGUUGAUCACUGAUCUGCUAGGAACCCCUACAAUGGAGGACAUGAGACACGCCUGCGAAGGAGCACGGUCGCACAUGAUGCGGCUGAGAUCCAAGCCUCCAGCUCUGUCCGCUUUGUACACUCUUUCAACGCUUGCUACACAUGAAGCUGUACAUCUCCUCUGUCAGAUGCUUGUAUUUGACCCGGAUAAACGUAUCUCGGUGGUGGAUGCCCUUGCCCACCCUUACCUUGAUGAAGGGCGCUUGAGAUAUCACUCUUGUAUGUGCAAGUGUUGCUUCACCACUACCAAUGCGAUGCGGCAGUAUACUCUUGAUUUUGAACCUGUUGCUCAGCGCAUCUUUGACGAUCUCUGGGAAAAGAAGCUUACUUCAGUUCAGCAAGUCAAAGUUCGACGGUGGCGCAUCCCUCCGAACUACCACCCUCUCCACACCACUGGGAGUGACACUUGCUCCAACCGAGGAUGAUAUUUCGUUGAGCUACCAUCGUCGGGCAGGCCACUUAGUGUGUGACAAAAGACUUUUUUUUGUUUAUCCUCUCAUCCCUUAAUUAAUUUUUUUCUUAUUAUCUUUCUACUAUUGAUUAAUUAUUAAAGUGCUUUCAUUGUAAAUUUUAUUGAGAAAAAAAAAAUUAUUAAGGUUUCAUAUCAGAGCUGCUACGCUCGUCUUACCCUGUAUCUAGAUGAGUGCAAUUUCUCUGUCCUUUUAUGAUACUAAUUGUAAUGAUAACUAUAAUUAUCAGACCAAUUACAGGGCAUAUUAAUAUUGAUGUAGCAUAUUUCUUCUGUGUAUCGCAAUUAUUAUACAUUAUUACUGUAUGCCUUUAUCGUCAGUGUACUUGUUGUAAAUAUAUUUCAUAGAUAUUUGUCAAUAAUUUAGUGAUUUUUCUCUUAUGCGUACUGUAGAUAGUUAGCUGAAAGGAUCAUUGAGACAAGACUUUGCCCAAAAUUAGGGGUUUUAUUGAUUUAGCUUAGUGUGUAAAAGGAAAAAAUUAUAUCCUUUCAAGAUUCAUUCUCCCUAAUAAAUUUAUUAAACAUUCUAACUCUCUUUUGCUAAACUGAGUUUUGAUUGUACAUUAGUUAGUUUUGUGAAUAGCUGUGAAAUUUUUUAAUGAAACAUUGGUGUUAUUAUUUGGCCUAAUAUUGAUCACUAUUAACGGUACUCAUGUUUAGCAAUUAUAUUAGUAUAAUAUAUUGUUUAUUAUCUAAUAUUUUUAAGUACUUCUUUGGUUAUUUCUUACUAAUUAUUAAUUUUAAUAUAUUUUUAGGGGAGUCGUUUAAGAUGCAUCUAUACUAAGUGUAUAUUUAGUUUGAAUUAAGUAGUUAUGAAUUAAUUGCUCUUAGGCGGGUUUAUUUGCUCACUGCUCCUGGAUCGUUUGGACUGUUAUCAAUUCGCACUUUUUUUUUCUUCUUUUUUCUUUUUCCAAAGAUCUCAUUAUUUUAAACUUAUUAGUCAGAAUAACCACUGGUGUUGGUUUCCAAUUGAUUCACUUCUUUGUGUGGAAGAUAAUUCGUAUUAUGGUAUUAUUUUCUAGUAGAUAUUAGUUAAAUUGCAUUUUUAAACAAUGUAUUAUUAAAUUAAAUAGUGUAUUAAAAUCAAGAUAGUAAUACAAAAGCAAUGGGAAAAAUAUUAUGGAACAAAAUAAAUAAAUUUUAAAAAAGUAUAAAAAUAUAAUGAAUGAAAAGUGGUGUUGCUCGGAAUGAAAUGUUUAGGGGCAUGUAUUUACCAAUUUGGUUUUAACAUUUUUUAGUUAUGCUGAGCUUUUUUCUUUUUUUCUUUUUUUUUUUUGUACGAGCCUCAUUGGAAAAUGGAUUGUAAUUCAGUGUUAUAGUUGGUUAGAGUAUAGAUAUUUUUUUGGGGGGGAUAAAAAAUCUUAUAUCUUUUAAUCACUUGAUUGAUCUUAAAGACUUGAUGUUUAAAUUAGUAAAAAAAAGUUCAUGUUAAAAAAACAAAAAAAUGAUUUAAAUUUAACCAGAUGUGUGUUAGGUAGAAACAAUAAAAUUUAGGGACAUAUAGUAUCAAAUAUAAACCCUAAAAUUAUGGAUUUAUCAUAAUGAAUAAUCUAAUCUAAAUAUGUAUAAAUUAUAAUGAUUUUCCAAAAUUGUUGCCAAUUAUUAAAAUUUAUUUUUUAAUAUUAGAAACCAAUAUUAAAUGUUGUUUUCACUAUUUGUUCGAAACAAUAUCAGUCAGUCCUAAUAUUCUAUUUUUAUUAUAGUUUUGAAAGUUUUUUUGUAGAUAUCAGUAACAUAAUAUUUUCUUAUAUUUAUCUAAUUUAAUAGGAGGGGUUUUGCUUACUUUUAUCAGCUUUCUCCUAUCAACAUUUUGAAGAAAUAAAUGAAAAACACUGUUUUAACUUUUUAAGUUAUAGUUCUCAUCAUCAGGUUCAUGUUUUUUUGUUCUUUUUGUUAUGUUAUAUUAAAAUGUAUGAUUUGUAAUAGUAAAUAGUAAUAUUUGUAUUCUCGCUAUGAUAUUAAUUCUCACUAAUUUCUUCAUAUUAGUAAAAUUGUUUAUCUAUGUUUGAAUAAUAUCUACUACUUUCAAAAGCAGUAUUGUUUUUUCCAGUCGUUGAGUAAAAAAAAAAAAAAAAAAAAAUAUAUAUAUAUAUAUAUAUAUAUAUAUAUAUAUAUAUAUAUAUAUAUAUAUAUAUUAUAAAUUUUUUUUUUUUUUCGUACAGUUAUAUAACAGUUAUUUUAUAUAUUAUUCUCAAAUAAUAUGAAUUAAUCAUUUUUAUAAAUAUUUAAAAUUAAUGUAACUUAUUUAUGAAUUAAUUUGUUGUAUUCAUGUUUAAAAAAAAUUGUUAUAGAUUGUAUAGUUUUAUCAAACAUAAAAUGAAAAAAUGAACAUGAGGAUGAGAAAAUUAAAUUUUAACAUUUGAAACAGUUAACAUUAUUAAUAGGGUAACUAGAUUCAUUUAGAAAAUAAAAUAGAACACUUUUAAAUGAUUUUCCAAUGUAGCAAGUAUGAAAGAACGCCGCAUACCUAUGAAGGGCAUUCUUUCUUGUUUAGUUUUACUUCUAAUCAGUUUUUGUUUAAUAAUAUUGAUGACUGAUCAGUACCACUGCCAAUACAGGCUUAACAUAGCAUUCCUCUUUUCGCUCAGUUUUUAUUUUAUUUUUUUUUUACCUUUUUUUUGCUCAUGCGUGGUAAUGGGCUGCUUAUACAAAGCUCAUUCCUCAGAGGUUUGUUAUUCUAAACCCAUUUAACUUUGAUAUAACUGAUUGUGUAUAUAAUAGCAUUUAAGUUGUACAUAGUUAAUUAAUUACUAAAUUAGGCUGGUGUAAUGUGUCCUCAACACGUGAUAUUAAUUACACGUUUUUAUUGAAUGUCUUAUCAUGCUAGGGGGAAAAAAAAAUUAAUACGUAGUAAGUUUAAAAUUAGUUUUUUUUCAUUCUUGGUUAUCACUUUGUUUUUUCUUUUUCGAAGACCCGUCUCUAUUCGAAUAAAUAAAUUUUUAGAAUGAGAUAAUAAUUUUUUAUACUUGGAUUUUUUAUUGAAUUUGUUAAUGCAUGUAAAACAAUUACAAAUAAUAGACUUUAUAUUUACUAAGCACAUAGGCAAAUGUACAUAUAUUUUUAGUGUUGUAUAUAUUAUAUCCCAUAGGUUUGAUACAAAUAUCGAGACUAAAAAGAAGGAAUAAUUAGAUAUAUAUAUAUUAGCUCUUAAUCACCGUAUUGCUGAACAGUCUGUGAAAUAUAUGAAUUAUAUAAUUAAAAGUUAUAUUAUAAAUGUGAUUAAUAAAAAUUAUAAAUGUGGGUGUUUGUCUGUUUUCGGUGUAUUGAUUUCAUUUAAAAUUCCGAGUGUAGAUGUUUCAUACUGAUGUAUUUCGCACCGGAUCAAAGUGUCUAUUUAUAGAUUGAUAUUUUUCUCUUAUAAAAUUUGGCGAUUAGAAGUUGAAAGUAGACCACCCGCUAUUGUGAUGUUUUAGUAAAAAUAUCUUCCCCGGCCUCGUAAUAUUAUAGAGUUAAGAUGAGAAUUAAAAUUAAGAAUGAAAAACCCUUCUUCUUCUUCUUCAUAUUGAAUAUUUACCUCACACCUUAAAUUAUUGUCGAAACACAAUUUAAAAGCUAAUAGGGCAUAUUGGUACUAUUCUGUGUCUAUUAACCAAAAUACUUCAAUAGGAUUCGAGUAGCGUAUUUAAAAUUGCAGUUUUGAAAAGAUUAUAUAUGCAUCUUUUGUGAUUCACAAAGUGUCAUUGUAAUGUCAAUUAUCACUGUUUUGUGGUAAAUUAUAAAAUACACAAUUUGUUAACUAUGCUAGAAGUUGUAGCUUUAGGAAAGUGAAAAUAUUUUUAGUAUUAGUUUGUGCACUUCAAUAUUCGAUGUUUAGGUGUUGAUGUGAAUCGCAAAAGGUGCGCUGGGUUGCAAUCUUUUAAUUUGUGUUGUAUUAUUCAAAUGCUGUUGGUAUAAAUAUUACUUAAUACAAUUAAAUGAACUUUGUAAUACAAAUAUUUCUUCCGAUUCAAUUCAAGUAAUAUGUUGCAUAUUUAAAGUUGGAUAGUAUUGUAUCAUUAAGAGACACCCUAGUUUAUGUUAUAAAAAAUAAUUUAAAUUCUGAAGCAAAAUAUGAUGAAAUGGUUGAAAUGUGUAACACAUUUUGAUUUAAUGUUAGUCUGUUUAAAAACUAUGAAAUAAAUAAUAGAUUUUUUUAAAACGUUAACUGUAUAAAAAUCAUUUACUGUUAAAUUAAAUAUGCAAUUGUGUAAGAAUUUGGUCGCUGUUUACUAACCUUGGCCUGCAUUUUUCAUUUAUUUAUUUUUUUAAUGUGUCAAGCAGAUUAUUUUAAUAGCAUCAGGAACCUUUUAUGCAACGAUUCAGUCAAAACCUGCAUAUCUUGUGAUAAUUUCAUUAUUUUUCAAUCACAUCCGCACUUGAUGUAAUUUUUCUGUGUACAGAUAAAUUCUGAAGAACAUGGUAAUAUUACACUUAGAUUUUAAGAAAACUAAAAUGUUUUGAGCAGUGUGAUUGCAACCUAAUUAAGCAAAAAAAAAAAAAUGUGUGCUUGUUUUAUUUUUUACUCUAGAUGUGUCGUUUGAAUCAGCGUACCUCUUUCUACUAAAAAAAAAAUAUGAGAUGAGAUCAAUAUCGAAAAAUAGAUUAGUUUAUUACUGAAGAUUAGUUAGCUACUGGUUGUGUACAUUGAGGCCUUUUAGAUAGGUGUUAGUUGAUAUUAUUUCAUCUUUUAUUUGUAACCACAUUAUGGAUUAUUGAAUUGUAUCUUUAUAAUACGGUGGCCUUCCAGACAUAGCCGACGGCUGAAUUUAUGUAAAAUGUAAUGUCGUCCUUUUAAUGAAUUAGAUAUUUGUCUCUAGGUGUCAUUAGAUUUUUUAGCUAUGUAAAUAAUUAUAAAUAUUAAAUAAAUACAUCAAUAUAAUUAUAUAUUAUGCCUGUUGUUGUUUUGGGGUAUGGUGAUUGUUUCUAAGUCUGGAGUGCCACCUUGUAAUAAUAUAAAAAAACACUUUGGUUUUGUAAAAGGAGUUGGCUCCUUAUUAGUCAAUUUCUUGUAACUGGGAUAUUACCUGUCGUUUAUAUAAUUAACAUAAAGCAUUUCAACUUAACAGUAUUGUUUAGCCAGUCCAGCUAUAGGCAGCAAAAAAUAUUAAAAAGAAGGUGUAAUAAAAGAACAUGUAUCAAAGCAACUAAAGAU